UUUUGUCAAGUCGAUAUAGUAUUAAGAACUUCCCUAAUACUUUCACUAUUAAUAUUUUUUUCAUAUUUAAAGGUCUACUGAAAUGCGAUUUUCUUAUUUAAACGGGGAUAGCAGGUCCAUUCUAUGUGUCAUACUUGAUAAUUUCGCGAUAUUGCCAUAUUUUUGCUGAAAGGAUUUAGUAGAGAACAUCGACGAUAAAGUUCGCAACUUUUGGCCGCUAAUAAAAAAAAGCCUUGCCUGUACCGGAAGUAGCAGACGAUGUGCGCGUGACAUCACGGGUUGUGGAGCUCCUCACAUCUGAACAUUGUUUAUAAUCAUGGCCACCAGCAGCGAGAGUGAUUCAGACCAAGAAAGUGACGAUUUCACCAUUAAUUUGAGCGAGGAUGAAAGAUUUGUGGAUGAGGAAAGUGAGAGUGAAGGACUAGAAGAAAAAGAAAAAAAAAGACGAGGGCAGCGGGAGCGAUUCAGAUGUUAUUAGACACAUUUACUAGGAUAAGUCAGGAAAAUUUCUUAUCUGCUUAUUGUGUUACUAGUGUUUUGGUGAGAUUAUAUAGUCAUACCUGAAAGUCGGAGGGGUGUGGUGACCGUCAGUGUCUCUGAGGGAAGCCACGUUUCUCCGUGAGGCGAAGGCAGCCGGUCGGGCCGGGCUGAGUUUUUUUUAUCCCCUACUCCACGGUGGAAUUAUCCCACGUUCGGGAGCGGCCGGUUGGAGGAGCCAAGAGAGUCGCAGCUGCCUCUUUGACAUUAAUUUGAGGAAGGAUAAAAGAUUCGUGGAUGAGGAUAGUGAGAGUGAAGGACUAGGAAAAAAAGAAAAAAAGACAGGGCAGUGGGAGCGAUUCAGAUGUUAUUAGACACAUUUACUAGGAUAAUUCUGGAAAAUCCCAUAUCUGCUUAUUGUGUUAUCAGUGUUUUAGUGAGAUUAUAUAGUCGGAGGGGUGUGGCCAUGGGUGUGGUGACCGCCAGUGUCUCCGGGGGAAGCCACGUUUCUCGACGAGGCAAGGCAGCCGGGCUGAGAUUUUUUUUUCUUCCCUCCACGGAGUAAGCAUCCGACGGUCGGUGGCGGCCGGUGGGAGGAGGCAAGAGAGUCCACAGCUGCAGGAGGAACGACGCAAACUCUCCGCUCAUGUCUACGAUGUUCCUGGAUCACUCCAUGGUCACCAUGACGGUUCGAUCCCUGUCAAUCAAAACAUUGUUCCUCCUAUGGAUCUCACACACCAGCAGAUGUUUUGCAUCGUCUGCCGAGCUGCAGGAGCAACCUAAAACAAUUGCUGUGAUAGGAGCAGGCAUCGGCGGCGCGGCCUCAGCCUUCUACCUGAGGCAAGAGUUCGGACCGGGAGUCAAGAUCGACGUGUUCGAACCUGCCGAAGUCGGCGGGCGACUGGCGACGGUGAAGAUCGGGAAUCAGGAGUACGAGACGGGAGGAGCUGUAAUCCAUCCUCUCAAUCUCCACAUGAAGCAGUUCAUCGACACCUUAGGUCUCUCCACGUGUCAGGACGUCCCAUCAAAAAUGGCCAUCUUCGACGGCAGCGAGCUCACGUUCGAAGAGAGCGACUGGUUCAUCGUGAAUUUCUUGCGCAUGCUGUGGCAUUACGGCCUCCACUACCUGCGCAUGCAGAUGUGGGUGGAGAGUGUUUUGGAUAAAUUCAUGAGGAUCUACCAGUACCAGCAGUACGGUUACUCCUUCGCCAGCGUGGAGAGGCUCCUGCACGCCAUGGGCGGAGAUGACUUCCUCACUCUGGUCAAUCAGACCCUGGAGGAAGUCUUGAUGGCCCAAGGCUUCUCUCAGAUCUUCAUCAAUGACAUCGUGGCUCCCAUGACGCGGGUCACCUACGGCCAAAGUGUCCGAAUCAACAGUUUUGUGGGGGCUGUGUCACUGGCCGGGUCCGAUUCGGGGCUUUGGUCCGUGGAUGGAGGCAACAAGAAGGUUUGCACCGGACUUCUUUACCACAGCAAGAGCGAACUCAUCCGAGCCAGAGUGGUGUCCGUUUCUUUUAAAGCCCGCCCAUCAAAGACAGGCCCGUCCACCAGCUUCUAUGAGCUCAAUUACGUCGACGACACCGGCACAGGGCACUCGCUCUAUGAUAUCGUCGUCAUAGCGACGCCACUUCACCAGGGCAAGUCUGACAUCUCCUUCUCAGGCUUCUCCCCGCCCGUCCCGUCUCAUUUCCCGGGGAGCUACCAGCAGGUGUUCGCCACGCUGAUCCACGGCGUACUCAACACUUCUUACCUGGGGGUAACGCGCCCCGCCUCGGAGUUCUCCGUGUCCGACGUGCUCACCACGGACUCCGACGGCAGCAACGUGUACUCUCUGUCGUCCGUGGCCCCCGUGCACGUCCCCACGGGAUACAGCCGACCCCCCGCCAGCCACAGCCAGGUGUGGAGAGUCUCCUCUCCUCGGGCGCUGAGCCAGGAGGAGCUGCGGCGUAUGUUCCUCUCCUGGGACUCCGUGUCCGAGACCCGCUGGUUGGCCUACCCGGCUUACCGCACCCCGACACGUCGCACGCCGCCCUUCAUCCUCCACAGCCGGCUGUACUACCUCAACGCUGUGGAAUGGGCGGCCAGCGCCAUGGAAAUGAGUGCCAUCUCUGCCAGGAACGUGGCCCUUUUGGCGCACCACCGCUGGCACGGUCAGACGGACAGGAUCGACCAGGAAGACCUGCACAUGCGUCUACGCGGGGAGCUGUGAUGCACCCUGACAGGUAUUUGUCUCGCCUCCUUCAGGGUUUAGUCAUCAAACUGUGAACUUGGAAACAAGCCAACAAUUACUACAUGUUUUUGAUGUCUUACUAACGAUCGGCACACCUUUUUACUACUGAACCAAGUGCCUCAAAGGAAGCAUUCAUCCGGAUUAGGCAGCAAAUCAUCCUUUCACGUUUGUCAGGAUUGAUUGCACUAGUAAGCACGAGGGGGAAAGAAUACCUGACUUCCUGUCACCUGUUUCUUCUGCACUUAUCCCAGGUGUGGGAUUUUUCCUUCUAAAGUCGGAAAUCCGGCUUUUUUAUCUCUGUAAAAAUGUAAAAAAAAUAUUUUCUGUUAUUCUUCCUUUUUUCCAACCUACAAUGUGUGUUAAAAUCUUGAUCUAGCUCUUUGCCAUACCUGCCAGCAACUACGGUUUUCCCGUAAUGAGUACGCUUUUUGAUAAUCCAGUGGUAAAAAGUAAGAUUUUUCAUUAAAAGAUGAUUAACUGAAACAUGGACGCUACCUAGCGAAGCAAAUCCACGGGCAGGGGACAAAAUAAAGAGGAAACAUCAAUGAUAGGGAUGGCGUGGCGCAGUGGGAGAGUGGCCGUGCGCAACCCAAGGGUCCUUGGUUCAAUUCCCACCUAGAACCAACCUCGUCAUGUCCGUUGUGUCCUGAGCAAGACACUUCCCCCUUGCUCCUGAUGGGUGCUGGUUAGCGCCUUGCAUGGCAGCUCCCUCCAUCAGUGUGUGAAUGGGUAAAUGUGGAAGUAGUGUCAAAGCGCUUUGAGUACCUUGAAGGUAGAAAAGCGCUAUAGAAGUACAACCCAUUUAUCAUUUAAUUGGUUGGUUUACGUAUAAGAAAAUCCAUGAUUGUUUUUUUUGGUAGGGCUUCACGGUGGCAGAGGGGUUAGUGCGUCUGCCUCACAAUACGAAGGUCCUGCAGUCCUGGGUUCAAUCCCAGGCUCUGGAUCUUUCUGUGUGGAGUUUGCAUGUUCUCCCCGUGACUGCGUGGGUUCCCUCCGGGUACUCCGGCUUCCUCCCACUUCCAAAGACAUGCACCUGGGGAUAGGUUGAUUGGCAACACUAAAUUGGCCCUAGUGUGUGAAUGUGAGUGUGAAUGUUGUCUGUCUAUCUGUGUUGGCCCUGCGAUGAGGUGGCGACUUGUCCAGGGUGUACCCCGCCUUCCGCCCGAUUGUAGCUGAGCUAGGCGCCAGCGCCCCCCGCGACCCCGAAAGGGAAUAAGCGGUAGGAAAUGGAUGGAUGAUUGGUUGUUUACUAGGGGUGUGGGAAAAAAUCGAUUAGAAUUUGAAUCGCUAUUCUCACUUUGUGUGAUUCAGAAUCGAUUGUCAUUUUUAAAAAAUCAUGUUUUUUAAAUUAUUAUUGUUGGUUUUAUUUUUUUAUCAAUCCAACAAUACAUCCAUCCAUCCAUUUUCUACCGCUUAUUCCCUUUUGGGGUCGC